GAGAAGAAAGGAUCAGAUUUGACACAUCAAAGAGAAAAACAAAAUUCGGAGGAACCAGAGACAUCCAAACCAGCAAGCCGGCACCUUGGACAGCGUUUUACCAAGUUAGGAAGCCUGAAAAGACAUGGGAGGACACACACUGGAGAUAAGGCACACCAUUGCGCCCAGUGUGGACAUAGUUUUAACCAGUUAAGAAGCCUGAAAGCUCAUGAGCGAAUACACACAGGGGAGAAGCCUUACAAAUGCUCAGACUGUGGGAAGACAUAUUACUCUUCAUGGUCACUUAAAGUUCAUGUAAGAACCCACACAGGGGAGAAGCCUUACCACUGCUCCCUCUGUGCAAAGAGUUUUAUCCAUUCAGGACAUCUGAAAAAACACAUGAUACUGCACACAGGGGUGAAGCCUUACCAAUGCUCAGACUGUGGGAAGACAUAUUGCUCAUCAGAGUCACUUAAAAUUCACGUGAGAACCCACACAGGGGAGAAGCCUUACCACUGCUCCCUCUGUGCAAAGAGUUUUAUCCAUUCAGGACAUCUGAAAAAACACAUGAUACUGCACACAGGGGUGAAGCCUUACCAAUGCUCAGACUGUGGGAAGACAUAUUGCUCAUCAGAGUCACUUAAAAUUCACGUGAGAACCCACACAGGGGAGAAGCCUUACCACUGCUCCCUCUGUGCAAAGAGUUUUAUCCAUUCAGGACAUCUGAAAAAACACAUGAUACUGCACACAGGGGUGAAUCCUUACCAAUGCUCAGACUGUGGGAAGACAUAUUGCUCAUCAGAGUCACUUAAAAUUCAUGUGAGAACCCACACAGGGGAGAAGCCUUACCACUGCUCCCAGUGUGCAACGAGUUUUAUCCAGUUAGGACACCUGAAAGCCCAUGAGCGAAUACACACAGGGGAGAAGCUUUACCACUGCUCCCAUUGUGGAAGGAGUUUUAACCAGUCAGGAAGCCUGAAAACUCAUGAGCGAAUACACACAGGGGAGAACCCUUACCACUGCUCCCACUGUGCAAAGAGUUUUAUCCAUUUAGGACAUCUGAAAGAACACAUGAUACUGCACACAGGAGUGAAGCCUUACCAAUGCUCAGACUGUGGGAAGACAUAUUGCUCAUCACAGUCACUUAAACGUCAUGUGAGAAUCCACACAGGGGAGAAGCCUUACCACUGCUCCCAGUGUGCAAAGAGUUUUAUCCAGUUAGGACACCUGAAAGCCCAUGAGCGAAUACACACAGGGGAGAAGCCUGCUUCCACUGUGCAAAGAAUUUUACCAAAUUAUGAAGCCUGAAAAAACACAUGAGACUGCGCACAGGGGUGAAGCCUAACCAAUGCUCAGACUGUGGGAAGACAUAUUACUCAUCACGGUCACUUAAUCAUCAUGUGAGAAUCCACACAGCAGAGAAUAAAUACUUCUAGUGUGUAUAUUGAUAUUUCACUUCGCAUUGACUUAAAAUUAAUCAGAGAACAUACACAGUGUUCCCAUUGACUUAUAAUGUUGACUGAUAAUGUGUUUACUUGUUUAUACCGUAUGAAAUGUAAUUAUACAAAGAAUACUUACACAUAUAUUAUACGUUUUUAUUAGAAAACAUGAAUUGAAUAUGGAGUAUGUCAGUUUGAAUAUA